AUGCCUCUCCCAUCAGAGUCAAGCGACCUGAUCCUCGUCGGUCAUAACCCGAUUAAGGACUCUGAUGGUCAACUCACAGCCGACUCCGUUCGCCGACUUAGCACCAUCUCGACAGACUCAGACUAUGAACUCAUCCACUUUGGCGAACCUCAUGACUUCUCCCAAGCAGAGGUAGAUGAUGACGCCUCCGAACAUGACAAUGCCUCCACAGUAUCAGACAACUCCCACAUCUCUCUAACUCCCGCCUUCUACCACCAUCACAUCUCCCCUUACGGCCGCCGCUACCACGGUUUCCAGUCGUCCUGCGGCUACAUCCUUCCCAACGACCCUCCCGAACAGGAUCGGGAAGACCUUCUGCACCUUUUGACAUUGGAUCUCAUCUACGGCCGCCACUUCCUGUCCCCCAUCGGCGACAACCUCAACAAGAUUCUGGAUCUUGGCUGCGGAACAGGCAAAUGGACAGUAGAGAUUGCCGACAAGUUCCCGUUCGCAAAGGUGGUUGGAGUGGAUUUGAGCCCAAUUCAACCGGUCCUGAGUCCGGAGAAUGUGGAGUGGUGGGUUGAUGAUAUUGAGGAUGAGGAGGAAAACUUUUUUGAGACAGAGAGGAAUGAUUACGAUCUCGUACAUGCCAGAUGUCUACUUUCCAUGGUAGUUGAUCCUGCAGGACUGAUAGGGAAAUGCUUCGAGUGA